CGACGCUGUCUAUGCAUUUGGCACGUAUUCGGUAAAUACUAUCAGAGCGCGCACACGCCGACUGCUCAGGCAUCUAGGCACGAGACCGGGACACACCGUAAUACACAGCGGCAACGACAUGGAGUUUGAGGAGUCCGGUAUCGGGGAGGAGUGCGGGGUUUUCGGGUGUGUGGCUGCCGGAGAGUGGCCCACGCAGCUGGACGUGGCGCAAGUGUUAACCCUGGGACUGGUGGCGUUACAGCACAGGGGUCAGGAAAGUGCUGGGAUUGUUACAAGUAAUGGAGACAGUCCACCCACAUACACAACCCUCAAGGGGAUGGGAUUGGUGAGCACUGCUUUCCCACCAGAGGCUCUUCUGAAGCUGCGCUCUGCUAACCUGGGUAUUUGUCACACACGCUAUUCAACUACGGGGAUCUCAGAGUUGCAGAACUGUCAGCCCUUUGUGGUGGAUACACUGCACGGCAAGAUUGCUGUAGCCCACAAUGGAGAGCUGGUUAAUUCUAAUGGCCUGCGGAAGAAGGUGAUGCGCCAUGGUGUAGGCCUUUCCACCAGUUCAGACAGUGAGCUCAUCACCCAGCUGCUGGCAUUGACUCCGCCGAUGGAGGAACAGGAUGGACCAAACUGGGUUGCCAGAAUUAAAAACCUCAUGACUGAGACCCCCACAUCGUACUCACUGUUAGUGAUGUUUAAAGAUGUUAUCUACACGGUGCGUGACCCUUAUGGGAACCGGCCCCUCUGCAUUGGACAGCUUGUUCCCAUCUCUAAACUGCACAGUUCAGGUGCUGAAGAGGAGGACACUGAGGGCUGGGUCGUGUCAUCGGAGUCCUGCAGCUUCCAGUCUAUUGGUGCCAAGUAUUACAGAGAGGUCCUACCAGGAGAGAUAGUCCAGAUAUCCAAACAUGGAGUCAAGUCUCUGUGUGUCGUGCCUCGUCCUGAAGAAGACCUCCCUGCCUUCUGUAUAUUUGAAUAUGUUUAUUUUGCCAGACCAGACUCUGUUUUUGAAGGGCAGAUGGUCUAUACUGUCCGACAGCGCUGUGGUCGACAGUUGGCCAUUGAGGCUCCAACAAACGCAGAUGUGGUCAGCACUGUGCCAGAGUCUGCAACCCCUGCUGCACUGGGCUACGCUCAGCAGUGUGGGCUGCCUUACGUAGAGGUUUUGUGUAAGAAUCGCUACGUCGGGAGAACAUUUAUUCAACCAAAUACCCGUCUGAGGCAGCUGGGAGUUGCCAAGAAGUUCGGCGCACUGACAGACAACUUUGCCGGGAAGCGAGUUGUACUAGUCGAUGACUCUAUUGUCAGAGGCAACACCAUCUCCCCCAUUAUUAAACUGCUGAAGGAAGCUGGUGCAACAGAGGUCCAUAUCAGAGUUGCCUCUCCACCUCUCAGGUUUCCUUGCUACAUGGGCAUUAAUAUUCCAACCAAGGAAGAGCUCAUCGCUAACAAGCCAGAGUUUCAGGACAUUGCUGGAUACAUUGGUGCUGACAGUGUUCAGUAUCUGAGUGUGGAGGGCCUGGUGUCAGCAGUCCAGGAGGGGAUUGCCUCCCUCCAGGAGGACAAGAUGAUAAAUUCCAGUAACAACUCCAGCAAGAGAGCUGGCCACUGCACUGCCUGCCUGACUGGGAAAUAUCCAGUAGAGCUGGAGUGGUAGCUGCUGUACUGCUGCCAAGCGCCGCCAAAGUUACAGCAGUAGCUCUGUGGCUUCACCGCGUGCUCCCACAACAGUUACAUGCCACUGUCUCAACACUAUAAGACAUUGUAAUUGCAGUCCUACAGCAUGUGCCUUUUCUACAGACAAGCAUGAUCGUCCUCAAAUCCCUUGAGCAGCAGUUGAAAACCUU